CUUGGACUAAAAGCCAUUGCUGGAGAAAAGAUAAUGAACAAUGUCAUCAAGAAGGCAAGAGAAAAAGGGAAGUGGAAGGUUCUUGUGGUGGACAAGCUGAGUAUGAGGAUGAUUUCCUCCUGCUGUAAGAUGACAGACAUCAUGUCAGAGGGAAUCACCAUUGUAGAAGACAUAACGAAGAAGCGUGAGCCUCUACCCAGCAUGGAGGCCAUCUACCUGAUCACACCUUCGGAUGAGUCUGUUGAGAGUCUGAUCGAUGACUUCAGAGACCCACAGACUCCAAGGUACCGAGCAGCUCACGUCUUCUUCACCGACACGAUCCCAGAAACCUUGUUUGGACUGUUGACCAAAUCCCGCGCCUCCAAAGCCAUGAAGGCCUUGACUGAGAUCCACCUCGCCUUUCUGACCUAUGAAUCACAGGUCUUCUCCCUGGACAAAGUGGAUGCCUUUCAGGACUUCUACAGCCCCUUUAAGGCUGAUGUAAAGAAUAACAUGCUGGAGCGUUGUGCUGAGCAGAUCGCUACCUUCUGUGCCACACUCAAAGAAUAUCCUGGAGUCCGAUACAGAGUGGAGUACAAAGACUGUGCAGUUCUGGCCCAGAUGCUUCAGGAGAAGCUGGAUGGCUACAAGGCUGAUGACCCCACCAUGGGAGAGGGUCCAGACAAGUCUCGUACUCAGCUCCUCAUUCUGGAUCGUGGCUUCGACCCUGUGACACCUGUCCUGCAUGAGCUCACGCUGCAGGCCAUGGCCUACGACCUGCUGGGAGUCGAGAACGAUGUCUACAGCUUUGAGACCAGUGGGAUGGGAGAGACGAGAAUGAAGGAGGUGCUGCUGGAUGAGGACGACGACCUGUGGCUGACUUUGAGACACAAACACAUCGCCGAGGUGUCAACGGCUGUGACCCGUUCUCUGAAAGAAUUCUCUGCCGACAAAAAAGUGAACACUGGAGAAAAGACCACCAUGAAGGAACUGGCUCAGAUGCUGAAGAAGAUGCCCCAGUAUCAGAAGGAGCUUAGUAAGUAUUCAACUCAUCUCCACCUGGCUGAGGACUGUAUGAACCGCUACCAGGGUACUGUGGACAAACUCUGUCGUGUAGAACAGGAUCUGGCAAUGGGCACAGAUGCAGAGGGAGAGAAGAUCAAGGAUCCCAUGAGGCUCAUUGUACCCGUUCUACUAGACCCCAAUGUCGGUGUCACUGACAAGAUCCGCAUCAUCCUGCUCUACAUCUUCCUCAAGAACGGGGUGACUGAGGAGAACCUGUGUAAGCUCCUUCAGCAUGCCAGCAUCCCACCAGAGGACAGUGACAUAAUUUCCAACAUGGCACACAUGGGUGUUCCUAUUAUCACUGAGGGAAUCGCAAAGAAAACCAAGAAGCCGGAUCGUAAAGAGCGAGUCAGUGAGCAGACCUACCAGCUGUCCAGGUGGACUCCUCACGUCAAGGACCUCAUUGAGGAUGCCAUUGAGGACAAACUUGACCCCAAACUGUACCCGUAUAUUUCCCAGCGACAAGUGUCCUCCAAAGCCAGUGCUCCAUCCAGUGCUCGCUAUGGUAACUGGCACAAGAACAGAGGCCCCACAGAGAUUAAGACGGGGCCGAGGAUCAUCAUCUUCAUUAUCGGAGGGAUGACGUAUAGUGAGAUGCGUUGCGUGUAUGAGGUCACGCAGGCCAAUGGCAAGUGGGAGGCCCUGAUCGGUUCCACCCACAUUAUCACCCCACCUAAGUACUUAAAGGAACUUCAGCACCCAGACUUCUUGGACCCCAAUGCCGCACCAGAGGGCACAGAGGAGACGCCUGCAGAAUGA